AUGGCUUCGCUCAAGUUAACGCUGGUUGUGCUGUUGGCCUUCACAGUUUUACUCUCAGUCAGCCCCGACUCCUCCUCUUCUUCCUCAUCGUCCUCCUCCUCGUCAUCUUCUGAGGAAUCAGAGGAUGAAUCCGGAGGAGAAGAUGAACCUGAAGGAGAAGAAAGUGAGGAAGGAGAGAAUGAAUCUAAAGGAGGAGACAAUGAAAAGGAAUCGAAAGGAGAAAAUAAUGAAGCAUCUGAAGUUGGAAAAAAUGAACCAGAAUGCAACGGAGGGGAAAAUGAAGAGACCAAAAUUGAAAACGAAUCGAAGGGUGGAGACAAUGAAACAGCUGACAGUGAAACGGAAUGUCUCGGAGGGGAGAAUGAAGGUACUGUAGGAGAGGAAAAUGAAAAAGAAUUCAACGGGGAAGAAAAUGGAGCGACUGUGAAUGAAGACGAAGAGAGUUUGUCCAACAUCUGCCGCAGUAACACCUGCCAAAGCGCAGUCGUCUGUGACGGUCACUUCAACGUGAUCAACUGUGGCGUAAAUCAAACCAUCGUGGUACAUUUGGCCACCUACGGGCGUCAGGGCAAGACGUUCUGUUGGUCGGCGGAAAUGGAGACGACCAAUCAAAACCUCAACUGCACCAUCUUUAUCACCAGUCUUGUGGCUGACAGAUGUGAAGAUAGAUCAGUGUGUGACAUCCCUUCAUUUGACAGCACUCUGCUUGUAGACCCUUGUCAAGGCACAGAUAAGUACAUGUGGAUUGGAUACCAGUGUGUAUCAUAGAUUCCCUUGGGAGGAUCCUAAGUUUCACUCCAUUUUUCCCACUUCCAUCUUCCUAUCUCUCAACCAGAAAAACACAUUGUGUAAAAUGUGCAAGAUUACAAUCGAACACUUGGCUUAAGUGGUUGCUUCUAAUACCAGUGCUUGACAUUUGCUUGGGUAUAUCUGUGCCUGAAGAAGUAAAUUAACCACCCCUCCCCAAAAAAUCUGAAAGAAUAAAGAGAUGAAUAUGUAAAAGAACAGUAUGUGUUCAUUUUUUGUCUUUCAGCGCCACUGAUGAUGAUAGACUUCCAUGUGGCAUCCAAUCAUCCUUCUGCAGUGAAUUUUAUUGAGUUUGUCACAAACACACAUACAGUCCAUUUGAACAAGGAGCUGGCAGCGAAUGAACAUUUAUUCAUUCGCGCUACCUGUUCAAAUGGAUUGGAACAGUGGCGGAACAAUUGUGAAAAGGGCGACGACCAUAAACUGGACCCCCCCGAGUGGAUGAUCUGACGGGGCGUGGCUAGACAAUAGUGGCAGAGAUUUUUUUCUUCUUUUUUUCCCCAACCUGUCCUGUUCAGCUGUCUGACACAGAGAAUGGAAGUCCGAGUGUCCGGUUUAUCCGAACAGUUUUAAUGUUUCACACUGGAGUAUGACAUACUCCCAUUGUGAUAAUUCAACAUAUCUCAUUUAUUAAGACAAAGCAGCGAACAGGAAGGGAUAUGGGGGAACAGGAGAAAAGAAGGAGAGAAAAACAGAAGAAUCACAAACAGCAACAAGAAAUACAUUGAACGCCUACUAGAGAUGUCCCGAUAUGCCGAUCGAUCAGGUCCGAUCACGUCAUUUUCAAAGUAUCGGAAUCGGCAAAAAAAUAUCGGCCACGCCUUUUUUUAAUAUAUAUGUAUAUUUUUUUGAUUAAAUCGUUUUCUAGUUGUAUUUAACGUUACAGACAUAAUAUGUUACACUUAACCAGAGUCUUUAGUUUAGGCUUAAGGUAGGGUUAUCAAAUUUAUCCCAAUAACGGCGGUAUUUAAUUUUUUAAUAACCGUAUCACGUUAAAAUAUUUAACACAAUUAAUGCAUGCGCUGCACGACCCACUCACACAUUGUCGCGCUCCAUCUGUAAUGGCGUCGUUUUGCCUAUAUAGAGGGCUAAAAGGCAGCGUAAAAUGAGUAGAGUAAAUUUUGGCAGCGUUUGGAGCCUUAUUUUAAUUGGCUAAAGCCUUACAAUCCCUCUCCUUUCGAUUAGAAAUAUCAUGGGAAGCAAUGUGGGGAAGCAAGGUAGCAAUUGAUCUUUUUCUUAACACCUUAUUUUAUUUCCCAACACAGAGAUGAUAUAUCAAUUGGUAGCACUACGCACAGUCAUGGUUCCACUUCCCAUCAUGCAUUUGGGCAUGGCCUUCAGUAUCAUUUACUGAAAUUUCAACAAAUACACUAGAUGCCAAUAUUUAGUCACAAUUUACAAAGUCACAAGUCUUUCUAUCCGUGGAUCCCUCUCACAGAAAGAGUGUUAAUAAUGUAAAUGCCAUC